AUGUUGGACUUGUCAUCAAAGACAUUACCAUGUCUUCAUUCCUUCUGCCGGUCGUGUAUUGAGAUGAUUCUGGAAGAAAAUGGCCCGUGUCCCCAGUGCCAACGACCGGUGACCGUUGACGAUUUGAGACUGUCAACAUUUCUAGAGAAGACUUUGAGGCGCCGUCAGCUGGAAUCCAGCGAAUGGAGGUGCGACAGGUGCUUUGAAGAGAACGGGAGAGAAUCGACCGUCCAGAUUUGGUGCCAGGAAUGCGAGAAACUCUUGUGCCAAUCCUGCGAGAGUUUCCACUCCGGACACGAGACCAAAGACUUGUCGGGCAUGUCGAGGGUGGAGGCCGUCAGGGUCAUCACGAUGGACGACUGUCGACGGCACCGUCAAUCCAAGGACACCUUCUGCCAGCGGUGCAACACGUCCUUUUCAUAUCUAUCUAUCUAUCUAUCUAUCUAUCUAUCUAUCUAA